AAUCUGCUGGACCUCUCUCCUACUUUCAGGAUGCUUCCAGAAACACCGAACCAUUGCGUGUAAUUCCUAUAUCAUAUACCACUCAAAACAGCUCCAAAAUCAUACAAACUUUUCGUUCAAUUUCAAUAACAAACUUGCAAAAAUCAACUUUGAAGAAGCUUAUUAUCAUUGAAGAUGAAGAGGAAAGACGCAGGUGAAGUUAACGAUGACUUCUUCGACUUCACUCUCUCUUCUCCUGCUCUCAAAAUCCGUCGUUUGGAUGCUGAAUUCGCACCGAUAAUUGAUCAACAAGACAGUUUGAAUUCGGUUGAAUUUGGACAAUCAAUGGAAAGUAGUCCCAUAGCAAUUGAUGAGUUGAAGAGCAGUGUGCCUGUGAAUGAAGAGAGGGCCAUUGUUCUGUUCAACCCGAAGGACAAUACGCCUUCAUUACAGCCUCGGAUCCCCUUCUCUAUCUCCACUGGUUCAGACUUCCUCUCACGGUUUAAAAAUCCUGUCAUUUGGUCAAACCGGGUCAAUACGCUUAAAUUGUUACCAGAUGAAACACAGGAGCAUGAUGAUUAUCGUUCAGGGAUGCCUAAUGGAUGUUUGGCAGUUGUACCCUGGGUGCCUAAUUCCCAACACUCUCCGGAAUUCGCGGUUCGUGAUGCAGAAACAUCUGAUAUGAUGGAUUCGGAUGCGAUGGAUGUCGAGGAUAACUGCAACGCUCAGCAGAUGCCAAACCACCCUAAUGACAAUUAUGUUGCGGCAAGUGCAACUCAAGAUUGGAAUCAAUGGCAACAACAUUGCAUGAUUCAACAGCCUCCUAACAACUUGUCAACACCAAUCACUUGGUUAGGUUAGAUUAGGUUUGGUUUUAAAGUAGAACUUUUAUAUCUACUUCCACAAUCAGAUGAGUACAAGUAUUUUGUGCUAAAAAGGCUUCCCAUUAGUUUUAAUGCUAAAGAUGUUCAAGAAUCAAAACAGCCUUCAGCGAUCCGUUUUGGUAAAGAUGUAAAGUUGAACCUUUGAUAUGUUUA